AGCAUAACACCAUAAAAAGCUGCUGCAAUCAAACCAUUGGUUUUAAUAAAUCAGUUACAUAAUUGCAGUCAUCAAAACUUUCAACAAUCAAUCCACCUCUAUAUACAACAUACAAAUCCUUUAACUCAACAAUUGCAUUGUCAUAUUAACACACAAAAAAGGAUGAGACAAGUUGAAAUGUAUACUUUACCCAUCAUUGCAGGCUGCGACUUGAAGACACUAAAUUAACUCAGCUAUUUUUGUUUUUUUUGUUUGGUUUUUUCGUUUUGUUAUUUAUUUUUUGUGAUUUUCGUCAUAGUAGUCAUAGCGUAGUAAGGAUUCACUAUGGAGGUCCCUUACAAGUUAGAAGUGAUUGCUUUGACUACAAUCAUCAUUAAACUGGGUGUCUCAGUUUUCCCAUAUUCUGGCAAAAAUCAACCUCCAAAAUUUGGAGAUUAUGAAGCUCAAAGACAUUGGAUGGAAAUUACGGUUAACUUACCCAUACAGGAUUGGUAUAGAAAUACAACAGACAAUGAUUUAUUGUACUGGGGACUGGAUUACCCUCCUCUCACAGCAUAUCAAAGCUACCUAACUGGAUCGGUGGCUAAGAAAAUCAACCAAGACUAUGUAAAACUCCAUGUGUCUCAGGGAUUUGAAAACUUUGACCACCAAUAUUUCAUGAGGAUGUCCGUCCUUGUGUCUGAUUGUAUUUUCUUUGUCAGUGCACUUUAUUUUUACAUUAGAAGCUUGAAGAUGAGUAAUAAGUACAAAUGGGUUUUCUUUGCUUUGUCCUCACACUCUGGACUCACCCUUAUAGAUUAUGGUCAUUUUCAGUACAAUUGUGUUUCGUUGGGGUUGACCUUGUGGGCAAUCAUUUUUGUUUCUCAGGGAAAGAAUGUGUUAGCAGCAAUUGCCUUUUCAGCUGCCUUAAACUUUAAGCAGAUGGAGUUGUAUCAUGCAAUACUUCUAUUUGCUGGCUUCUAUUUGCUGGCUUCCUGUCAACCUAAAGGUUCCUCACUUCCCUCCCAACUAAAGAAUUUGGUCCAGAUUGGCGCUGCCACAGUGGCGACCUUUGCAAUCAUUUGGUAUCCAUUUCUUCAAAUUCAUGAUUGGCUUUUACAGCAAGUCAUCGUCAGACUCUUUAUUCCUUUUCAGCGUGGAAUCUUUGAAGACUAUGUCGCCAAUUUUUGGUGCACGCUAAAUGUUGUGAUCAAAAUCAAACGACUAUUAAACCCAACCUCAAUCGCCUCGGGAACUAUCACCUAGGCCAUGCCCGUGCCUGAAAGAAAAAGUCAGGACGUUGAUUCGAACGGAUUCGAAUGCAACGAGCACUAAGAACGGUCACAUUAUUGGAGGAAUGACCGUGUGCUUGGUUCGUGAUUUGGAGUCACAAGUGAUAGCUGCAAGCUGAUAUCACUCGAACCACUGCACCAACCCGACUAAGCGUAUACUUACCUAUCAUACUUACCAUACGAAAUUUGCUUCAUCAAGUCUUUUAUACUGUCUCAUAGAUGAUCGAAAAAAGCUGCAGCUCAUUAUGGCGUCAGUUUAGCUUUAAUGCUAAAUUUCGCAAACACGGUGAACUAGAUUGACAAUAAUAAAAAAUGAACUUUAUUCGUCA